UGAUAAUGAUGUUAAUUUGGGAAAGACGAAGAAGAAGAUAAGUGACCAAAAAAUCAAAAUGGCUGUUAGUCGAAUUAAAAGUCGAAAUUCCGCUGAUAGCAGUCGAAAAAGAGAUGAAGUAGAAGAAGGGAAGAAUAAAAAUGUUUUCGCUUGUGACCGAAACAUACAACAACAACGAUUCGAAGAACAUGACCUGCGAAACUUGUUUGUGCGGCGCAAUCGGAGUGCUCUGUGGGUGCAACAUAAUAAUUUGAAUUUGAACGUGAAUGAGGCCGAAUUGCAGUUGAGCGAUAUUGAAGAACAAUUGGCAACGGUUAAUAGUCUGCAACAGUGUGGAUUAGUUGCAGGCUUGAAUGACAAAGACUUGUGUUCUAUCCCAACAACCAAAGUAAAUGCCAUGGAAUCAACAGUCUUUUACACACAAAGCGAACAAGACCUUCAUCGGCUAAACGAAGAUACCCCUUCAUCACUACUCCAACUUUGCGACGAUCAACUUCUUCAGCCAGAAUCUCAACAAUGUUCAGCGGCCGUCAUCGCUGCCGCCUCUGACAAUAACCCUGAACUACUUUUGCGAUCAUUGGACAGUAGUAGUUUUAGUAGUGGCGCAAAUAACAGCACGACCACAUCAGUGUCGGGACAUUUUUUGCCACCACUGCAAAGAAGAUGCUUGCCGCCGCCACCAAAUUUGCCCUUAAGUGCAACAUCGUCGCCACUUAGAGGCAAUUACAAAAGUUAUCACCACAAUCAUCAGAUAGACUUUCAAAGGAAUUCACAGUCGGAUGAUGAUAGUGGAUGUGCAUUGGAGGAAUAUACAUGGGUGCCGCCAGGAUUGAGACCAGAUCAGGUUCGAUUGUAUUUCUCGCAACUUCCGGACGAUAAAGUUCCUUACGUUAAUAGCGCUGGCGAAAAGUAUCGAGUGAAGCAAUUGUUGCAUCAACUCCCGCCGCAAGAUAACGAAGUUCGAUAUUGCCAUUCGUUGAGCGAUGAAGAGCGAAAGGAAUUGCGAAUAUUUUCAGCACAAAGGAAACGCGAAGCUCUUGGUCGUGGAGCAGUGCGAUUACUUUCGGAUGAGAGACCAUGCAAAGGGUGUGAAGACCAACUUUCACCCGGUGAUAUUGUUGUAUUUGCCCAGAGGCUUGGAGCAAAUGUUUGCUGGCAUCCAGGAUGCUUCGUAUGUUCAGUUUGCAAGGAAAUCCUUGUGGAUUUGAUAUAUUUUUACAAGGAUGGCAGUUUAUUUUGUGGAAGGCAUCAUGCAGAAACCAUGAAACCACGAUGUUCAGCUUGUGAUGAGAUUAUCUUUUCCGAUGAAUGUACCGAAGCUGAGGGAAAUACAUGGCACAUGAAACAUUUCGCCUGUUUCGAAUGUGACCAUCAACUUGGGGGCCAGCGGUACAUUAUGCGCGAUGGAAAGCCUUUUUGUCUAACCUGCUUCGAUACUAUGUUUGCUGAGUACUGUGACUAUUGUGGGGAAGUUAUUGGGGUAGAUCAGGGUCAAAUGAGUCAUGAUGGGCAGCACUGGCAUGCAACGGAUCAAUGUUUCUCCUGCUGUACAUGUCGGUGUUCACUUCUUGGAAGACCGUUUCUUCCUCGACGAGGAACGAUAUAUUGUUCGAUUGCAUGCAGUAAAGGUGAACCACCAACACCUUCGGAUAGUUCAGGCCCGGGACCAAGACUGACAAAACGGUCUUCAUCGAAUACCGAAGGCGCGAAGUCACCCCGAGCUGGUAGAAGGUCCAAUACAAACCAAAAAGACUCCGUUAACAGAAAUCUCGAUAGACUGAUACUUGAACGGAAUAUGGAAAAGUCAGUUCUGGACCACGAUUCCCCCCUAAAAGAUCAUAGAAGGGAGCCAAUUGAUCUGUCCGAAUUAGGUGUGAGUCUGGAUAACCUGCGAUCAAGUGAACGGACUGACUUUCCUGAUCAAAACCUAACCUCUUCUCUACCGGAAUUAUUGUUAUCGAAGGCCGAAGACUCUCACAGCUACCAAAGUAUAGAUAAAAUAGUAAUCAACUCUCCGAGUGCCUCUGAAAUGACGCAGAGCACUCAGGAGCUUACUCAGAAUGACAACGAAGAAAUUGACCACAACGAAAAUGCCAACAACGAAUUGGAACAUGAUUCCCGGGGUAGUCCAGCUGAUGACGAUGAUGACGAAGGAGAUGAUGAAAAUAACUACCAUCCACAUCACAACCAUCACCAUCAACAUCAUCAGCACUCACAGAACCUUGCAAAAGAGGUGCGAUUCCAUAGCGGACAUGAUACAAUGUCACGGUCAAAAAGUUACACCGACAAUUCCAGCUCUCGCCGACGUAGACGACGGAGGAAUCAAAAUCGUAGUGCUUCGGAAAUGCAAAUAAAUCAAAAAAACCUAACGCAUCAUAACUCCCAACCGAAACAUGAACGACCGGUCUAUGAGAAUGCAACAGAUGCUUCGAGUGUUUGUUCAACUUGUUCCUCGAGUUCGUCAAGUUUGGACGAAUAUGUUUAUAGAAUUCCAGCGAGAAAACAUUAUGGCGGAGUUCGAGUCUCGUAUGUUCCAAAUGACGCCAUUGCAUAUGAACGGAAGAGGAAACAGAAUUCGACGAGUGACGUGGAUAAUAAAAAUUGUAUCAUAUCAUGACAACCUGUUUUGUUGGUUGAAACACCUCUUGAACAACCCUGUUCGUGUCGUACGGGGUGUUUUAAGGGGAUUUUGAAAUUAUUUCAAAAACCCUGCGAUCCAAUACAUUCGGUUUAGGGAGAGAAAGAGAUAAACAGUCAUCAUAUCAAUUUUUUUUUGUAAAUAUUUUAUUUUUUAAUUUUAAGUAAAAAAAACCUGUUAUAAGAAGGAAGUUGAGUUCGUUUUUUUUAACAUUUAAGUUAUUUAAAUUUAAAAUUAUAUUUUAAUGUACAAAUAAAAAUAAAAGUAAAUUCUAUAUAUGUGUAAUGUGUAACCGUUGUAGGUCCUUGUAUUUAAUAUUCAUGUUUUUUUAGGAUUUAAGAAGGAUCCAAUUUAAUUAUUAUUCCAGAAGA